CUUUCGUUUUUUGCAGGGGGCGGCCAUGGCAGGGAGGGGCGGCGCCGCUGCACUUGGGCGUCACAUCAGGCGGCGGCAGGGAGGCGGGCGGCGCGCGCGGAGACUAAGGAGGAGAAAAUGGAGAGGCUUGGAGGAGAGGCGGGCAAGCAAGAAGGUCCGGCGCGUCGCCCACGACGCAGACGAGACCAGCGGCAGCCAGGGGCUUGCGGUGGCGCGGUCGGCGAGGACCUGCCGAAUCUCGCCGGAUUCGGUGGGAAAUGGCGCGCAGGCGCCGGAUCUGGAAGGAAAGCGGCCGGAGUUCGGAGCACGACGGCUGGCGGGCGUGGCAUAGCGUCGGGUACCUGUGAGAGAAGAGAGAGAUGAGUGGGAGAGAAAAGGGAGGAUGGGGGGAAGGAGAUGGGAGGCCGGAGGGAAAGAGAAGGGAGAGGUGAGGUGCGGCGGUGUCCUGCUGCUGCUCGCCGGUGGCUUGCCGGCCAUAGGCGCGAGGUGGGGGCUCUGUCCGGCGGUUUCCCAGGACAUCUACUACCGGAAGGCCAAGGAGGAGGGGUGGAGGCUCGCAGCGCCUUCAAGCUCAUGCAGAUCGACCAAGAGUUCAACAUCUUCCACGGAGUGAAGCGUGCCGUUGACCUGUGCGCUGCUCCUGGGAGCUGGAGCCAGAUUUUGAGCCACAAUUUGUAUCUACCGCAAAGCUAUCAUCUGACGGCAACAGACAUGGUGGCCGGAAUUGAUCUGCAACCGAUGGCUCCGAUAGAAGGUGUUAUACAAGUGCAGGGCGACAUCACCAAUGCUCGGGCAGCGGAAGUGGUUAUCAGGCACUUUGAUGGAUGUAGAGCAGACUUGGUUGUCUAUGAUGCCGCCCCUGAUGUUACUGGACUUCAUGAUAUGGACGAGUUUGUUCAGUCUUCAGUCCCAGCUUAUAUUGGCAGUUGGUAUAAUUUUCUCUGUCUCUGCAUAUCAAUUUAGAUCAGAUAUACUUUCUGGAAGUAAUUUGCAGUAUCCAUAAGAUGCGGUGUCCAAAAAUAAUGCUACCUUAACCCUGAAGUUAUGUUUAGCAUUCUGCCUUAAAAUGUUCACUUUCGGUGCAAUAGCUUCUUUGUAUUUUUAUAUUGAACAUUGGACCAUUUUUACUCACCCUUUGGAUAAUUCGUUGCUGAUUAUGUUGUAGAACAACCUGGUGUAACUAUGGUUUCACUAACUUGUUAUAUUUUCCACUAUUGUCCUUCCUGCUUCCAUCUACCUUGCUGCCCCAUCUCCCCUCUACCAAAUCCCAGCCUCAUGGUGGAUUCAGCUACAGGUAGUUAAUAUCCUAGCGCUGAACCACUGCCCAGCUGCACAUGAAUUGUUAUGGACCAUUUGUUAUUCUUCAGGAAUCCAUACCUCCGGCAGUUCUCCUGGAGACCAUCCACCAGAAGUUCAUCUCCCUACCACUCGCUUUGUUCAGUACUUUUAAAUACUCUUAUCAUCUUCUUUUCAGCGGUUAGAGCCCACAACCAAGAUAUGUUUGCUUCACACUAAUGUUUGUAACACGCCUAUAUGGUUCCUUAUUUUAUCAUGUCCACGUUUAUAAUUCUCUGGUGCAGCAGAGCUGACUGAUAUUAGAGGUUAACCUUUUUUUGAGCCAAAGCUUCCAGUAUUGUACUAAUUAUAUGUGCUCUUUGGUGCAGCGCCCACUGAACAUAUUGAUAUGUAAGUCAAUUCUAACAAAUAACUCUUUGAUUUUUCGUGGUGGCGCAAAUACAUCAUAUUUAUAUGCACCUAGAACUUAACAUUGGAUUCUUUUUGCCUGCAUGUCAACACUACUGAAAAUGACGAUGACACUGCAUAGUUAUCCAGUUAGUUUUGUGAGAACUAAUAUGAUAACUACUGGAACUAAUAGGAUAAACUAUAGUAGUACUGUUGCAUUGGAAUACAUGAUUCUCUGGUUGGUACUAGGCAUGAUGCUUGCCUUCAAUAUCUAGAAUCCUGCACCACAAACCAUAUGUUUGUGAUCCCUAUAUAUGGUGUUCCGGUGGUGAAACCUGGAGCAUAUACUAUAUUCAAAUAUAUUUUUGUUAUGCAUCAGGCAUACAUUGGAUGGACGAACCGUACAAAUAAGAGUCAAUCUGAUUAUGGUUUAGUUACAUAUACUUUUUUGUUUUCUUUUGGUGUACAUAUAGAUUCAAUUUUAUGAUCACGGUUAAUAUGAACAAGGUUCCUGCUCUAUGGUAUUUAUGGUUAGUGAUAUGUAACAGUGAGCUGCACUAUUUUUUUUCAUCCUGUUAGCAAAGCAUCAUUUUUGUUUUCGAGAAGAUUUGAUGAGAGUGCAACUUAUAAACUUACUCCAGAAUGGACCGAUGUUAAUAAUUCUUUUGUUAGAUAUUGGUCAAUAGACUUCAUGAUUUAACUCCCUUGAUAUUUUAAGUUGCUUCAGUUUAGGCUGCACACAGUACAAGCUUCACUGUAUAUUCAGAUGUACAGGAUGGUAGACGUGCAUAUCAUGCUGGUUUUCUACUCUACAAUUUUGCGCAGCCAUGGUGUCAAUUUUGAACUGGCAUUAGACUGGACUGUAAGAUGUUUUAAUGCAUGUGAACAUGGCCUAAUUUAUUAACAAAGAGAACUAUAUAUGCUACUAUGAAAUGCAUGUGUUUGCUGGACAAUUGCUAUUAUUUUUAAUGACAGUUCUAUAGGCCUUGUUGGACAAGGAAAUUUCCCCCUUUGUUGUGUUUUUAUAUCAAACAUAUCAUGUUUAUGUUUUUAUGACGAUCACAUUGUACUUCCCUUGUGAUUCUGAUCACAAGCGAUAAUCUAUAAUCCAGCAUGUUCUUGCCAGAAAAGAGGAUAAAAAGAUAAAAAGCAUAUGUUUCUGAAUUUUACGCCUGUUUUGCAAGGCCCCCAUGGCCCCAUAUGAAUACAUUACCGAUGGAGUACUGUUAUUGUCCAUGAUUUUUUAUUACAAUGUGUUUGCUCUUUGAGGAGCUUGAAAAGAAUAUAUCUCAAGCGCAUUGUAUGAGUCUUUAGAAGGAAACACAUACAACAGGAGGAAGGAAAAACAGAACAAGCUAGGAAAGACUUUGUUGAGGGUGUAGAACUGAUUUUUCUCUACUGUUCUACGGUCUCCCCUUUUAUAGUUUGUUCCGCACAUGUACCUUGCACUGGGUAUAUAUCAUGAUGGUAUUUUUUUUUCAAUGGAACAACUAGCUAGAAGAAACGGCCUGCCAUGUUCCCAUUUGAGUCUUGUGUGCAAGCCUAUAUUGUAUACUAUUUGUCCAUAUUAUAAUUAGCUAGAAGAAACGGCCUAUCAAGCUUCCAUUUGAUUCUUGAGUGCAAGGCCAUAUUAUGAAAUGAUAUAAGCAUGUCAGAUUCAAGGAAGUUGCUGGUCUGAUGUCACGUUAUACCAUUUGUCCUCCCCGAAGUACUAGAAAAAGAAAAUAAUGCAUUUUCCUCUAAUUAAUAAUUUUAUUUUUGAUUGUACUGCGAAUAUGUAUGAGCUUAUCAUAUACUAUUCAUAGUAUGAUCACUGUGGUUGGCGUUUCGUAUCUUUGUUUAGUAUUGCACUGUCGUUGCUUGAUUAACACGUAAAAAUCACGAUAUUUACCUAUCUUUGUACAAGGAAUGUUUGUCUUAUACCCUUCUACGGUAAGAAGGGAUAGAGAAUUGUUGGACUUCUAAAAUUUCAAUGUACGGAUAUCUUAUUCGGAACUGCUAAAUCUCAGUCGACUGAGACAAGUCUCAGUCGACGAGUCAGCCGUUCGAUCUUUGUUUGCCUGUAGAUUCGCGCUGGGGAUAUUUUGUCCUUGUUUUGGCCUGUCUAAGGCGCGGCCCAGACCGUUUCCUUUUUCUGUUUUUUUUGUUGGGCCGUCGCCCCUUGCCGGGGGGAGGGACCGAGUGUUUUUUCUUUUUGUGGGCUGGCCAGGCGUUCAGAUGCUUUUUUUGUUUGUUCUGUAUUGUUUUUUCGGGCCUCUUUUUUUUUACAUUUACUACGGAGACGCAAGGGGGAGCAACUACCCGUGGUCAACAAGAGGAGGGGAACUGGCAAUUACUGUCACUCCACUUCGUCUCUCUCCAUUCCCCUCUCUCGAAUCCAAAGAACUCCAUAGAGGAAAAAGAGUCUCCGAGCUGGAGGGUUUCUUCGGAUGGAUAGAUCGGCAUGCUCCUGCACUCCCAGCGUGAGAGGAUGAGCGACGCUGCUGGUGGAAUGGUUUGUGGAGUCUGUUCGAGGGAAGCGGUUUCAGCAUGUAUGUAUGGGAGGACUUCAAGAACACAGGGGUUGUGCCAUGCAAUUAAAGGAUCUGUUUCAACGACAUGACUGGAGAAGAGAUAUUUGUGGCAAACAAACGAUCGUACACUGUAAAGUGUCACACGGGUCGCACACAGAGCACAAUGUAUGGGAGAGGUUGGAGGAAGUUUUAUGCAAACAACAAGCCGGGGAAGGGUCAGCUGGUGUUGUCCUACUUGGACGAGCCUCCCCUAGGGUAGUUGUUUGUGUGAUCCAGAUUUGCAACGGAUCUGAAGAUGAGCAGUCUAUGUAUGAGGAUGAUGCCAUGGAAGCUUCAGAUGAAGAUGAUGAGGAUGGAGAAGCUUCCAGCGACGAUGAUGAAGGCAUCGUUCGCACUAGGGGGGCUUCAACUGAAUGAGGUUGAGGACUUGCUGACUCUCCAUGAUGGAUUCAUAGGUUUGCCUUUCAUUCACCGCCUCACGAGGACAGAUGUCCAUUUGGGCAUGAUGGUAUGUAUCUCUUCUUCAUUCUUUCUUUUUUUGUAUGGAUAUGCUACAAGUAAGAAUACGAGUACCAAAUGUGAAUUUGAGUGGAAGGGAGGGGGUAACAUGAAUCUGAACUGAAUUUACAUGAGUGAAACUAUAAGCUUUUUGGUUGUUUUUUUAGUGUUGUAACACUGAAGUGCAUCUUUCAAUUAUGGAUGUACAUGUUUUUCCUAUUCUAUUUUUUCCAUUUAUGUGUUUUGGUGUGCUUCAAGUAAAAAUUUGAAAAUGUUUUACUUGUUUUGUUAGGUUUUCCUUCUAUGUUGUUUUGAUAUGAUGCAAAUACCAAAGAAAGUUGAUAAUUGAUAAAACACUCAUAUAUGUUGUUUUGAAUUGCAUGCCUACACACCUAGUUGCAAACAUGCGUGAUCAAUAAUAGGCUUGCAACGGGCAUUUUUAUUUUUGUAACGGGGCGGUGGGAUUUGUAAGUGGGCGCCGAAAGAGGGGUGCGAGUUGCAUGUCCGAUACUAGACUUGCAACUGCAAGUGUCGCUCUUGUCCGCAACUACGUGUCUCUUCCCCGACUGCAACCGCCUUUAGUUUUUUUUUGUCAGAGAGAAGGAGGGGGCAGUUGCAUGUCCAAUAGUAGGCUUGCAACUGCAAGCGUCGCCCUCGACCGCAACUACAUGCCCACACAUAUGACUGCAACUGACAUAUUUUGUUUUUGUAAGGUGGCGGCAGGAGAGGUGCGGGUUGCAUGUCCAAUAGUAGGCUUGCAACUUCAAGUGUCGCCCUCGACCACAACUGCAUGUCUCCUUGGCCUUGCAUUUUUUGUCGGAGAGGGGGAGGGGGCAGUUGCAUGUCCAAUAGUAGGCUUGCAACGCAAGUGUUGCCCUCAACCGCAACUGCAUGCCUACACACCCGAUUGCAAAGGACAUUUGUGUUGUAAGUGGGCGGCGGAAGAGCGGGAUGUGAGUUGCAUGUGUGAUAGUAGGCUCGAAAUUGCAAGUGUCGCCCUCGAUUGCAAUUGCAAGUCUCCCUCCCGACUGCAACGAGCCUUGCAUUUUUUGUUGGAGAGGGGGAGGGGCAGUUGCAUGUCCAACAGUAGGCUUGCAACUACAAGUGUCGCCCUCGAUCACAAUCGCAUGCCCACACAUUCGACUACAACUAACAAUUUUGUUUUUUUAAGGGGGCGACGGGAGAGGGGUGCGAGUUGCAUGUCCGAUACUAGGCUUGGAACUCCAAGUGUCGCCCUCGACCGCAACUGCAUGUCUCCUCUCUGAGUGCAACUGGCCUUGUUUUUUUGUUAGGAGGGGGGGGCGGCAGUUGCAUGUCCAAUAGUAGGCUUGCAAUUGCAAGUGUCGCCCUCAACCGUACCGACAUGCCUACACACCUAGCUGCAACUGGACAUUUUUUUGUUUUUGUAAGGGGGCGACGAGAUUUGUAGGUGGGCGGCAGAAGAGGGGUGUGAGUUGUAUGUCCGAUACUAGACUUGCAACUACAAGUGUCGCCCUCGACCACAACUGCAUGUCUCCUCCCCGACUACAACUUGCCUUUAGGCUUUUGUUGGAGGGGGCAGUUGCAUGUCCAACAUUAGGCUUGCAACUUUAAGCGUUGUUCUCGACUGCAAUUGCAUGCCCACAUACCAAGUUGCAACUGACAUUCUUUUGGUAAGGGGCGGCAAGAGAGGGGUGCGAGAUGCAUGUUCGAUACUAUACUUGCAACUGCAAGUGUUGCGCUUGACCGCAAAUGCAUGUCUCCUCCCUGCUGCAACUGGCCUUGCAUUUUUGGUCGGAGAGGGGAAGGGGUUAGUUGCAUGUCCAAUAGUAGGCUUGCAACUACAGGUGUCGCCCUCAAGUGCAAUUGCUUGCCUACACACACGGUUGCAACUGCAUGCCCACACACCCGGUUGCAACUGGCAUUUGUUUUGUAAGUGGGCGUCGGAAGAGCGGGGUACGAGUUGCAUGUUUGAUAGUAGGCUUGCAAUUGCAAGUGUCGCCCUCGAUUGAAACUACAAGCCUCCCUCCCGACUGCAACUAGCCUUGCUUUUUUGUCGGAGGGGCGAAGGGGGGAGUUGCAUGUACGGCAGUAGGCUUGCAACUUCAAGUGUCACCCUUGACCGCAAUCGCAUGCCCACACAGACAAAUGCAACUACCAUUUUUGUUUUUGUAAGGGUGCGGGAGGAGAGGGCUGCGAGUUGCAUGUCCGAUACUAGACUUGCAACUGCAAGUGUCGCCCUCGACCGCAACUGCAUGUCUCCUCCCUGACUGCAAGUGGCAUUGCGUUUUUUGUCGGAGAGGGGGAGGGGACAAUUGCAUGUCCAACAGUAGGCUUGCAAUUGCAAGGGUCGCCCUCAACCGCAACUGGAUGCAUACACCCCGACUGCAACUAACUUUUGUUUUUUGUAUGUGAGUGACGUGGGUGGGCCCAAUUGCAUGUCCAGUACUAGGGAUGCAACUACAAGUGUCGUCACUGGCUGCAAUUGGCCUUGUGUUUUUCUCGGAGGGCGGCGGGAGAGGGGGUGGUGUACUUGCGAGUCCGAGGGGGGCAGUUGCAUGUCCAGUACUAGGCAUGCAACUGCAACUGUCACCCCCGACUGCAAUUGCAUGUCUUCCAACAUGGUUGCAACUAGUCUUUUGUUUUGUUGGAGGAUGGGAGUUGCAUCUCCGAUACUAGGCUUGCAACUACAAGUGUCACCGUACAUGUCCGACAGUAGGCAGAGCAGGUAAGAUAUCCCCCUACCUCCCCGCUCCUCUCCCCCGUAGUGCGUCUCGCAAGCACCAUAACAAACCCGCUGCCGUGUCAGUCAAUGCAAAUCGAGCAACCGAUCUUGCAACUAUCUUUGUGUUUUUGUCGGAGGGCGGCAGGAAAGGAGUGGGACGGGUCAGUUUUCAACACAUUUUUUUGCUUUUGUGGGGGAUUGGGGGCAAGCGCGAAGGGUUCAAGCACAAUUUUUGAUUUUGAAAGUGUGCCUGCUGAAAAUCCAUCCUAAACCUGAUGAUUUUGGAUUUUGAAUGGCUCCAUGACCAUUUUUGUCCUUCCUGUGCAACCUAAUACACGAGUGCCGUGACAACGAACAAAGUAGGUCUGGUCAAAGUAGGUCUGGUCAAGUUCAUAGACAAAGUAGUUUUUGAUUUUUGCAUUUGAAUGGCUCCAUGACGAUUUGUUCAGAUUUUGGCUUGUGUGUGUGCUAUUUUUGUUUUUUAUGUGUAUUUCUGAAGUAGUGUUCAGAACCAUCAGUUAAAUUCAAUGGAUGACACCACUCUCUCACGAAUAUAUGAGGAUCCUUGAGCUAUACUUAAACACAUCAAAUCAUUACCUUAAGUUCAUUUCUAUUUGAUUUUUGUCGUCAGAAUUUAUGUCAAGUUACUGAGAUUUUGCUAUAUUUAGUUGCAGAUUCAAGUCAAAUGUUUUUAUCAGUUACCUUGUAAUCAAGCCUUUUUUCGGCUGGUAUGUUUGAGCUUGUUCCAGGUUCAUUUUUUUGCGAUAAAUGACACCGACGGUGCCCCUGUUUCGGGAGUCGGACUUUUUGAAGGGUUGGAAUGCCCCACCUAAGAUUGUGUGCGUGG